AUGCAUCUUCUAGGCGAAUUAGCUCAUACAACAUGGUUACGUUUAGAAGAUUUACUUAAUAAUUUAGAUAUUGAUAGUGAUAAAGAACGUCAAGCAUUUAUUAAUGAUACUCGUCUAUUCUUUGAACAACGUUUAUCAAUUUAUGAACAACAACGAAUUGAACUUGAAAAUCAUAUUAAAAUUUUAUCUGAACAAAUGUAUCAAUUAUUUGAUGAACUUAAUUUACCACAUAUAACAUUUGAUACGAAUCAAAUAACAUUAAUUGAAAAAAGAAAAUUGAUUAAUGAUAAAAUAGAUGAAUUAAAACAUUUGAUAUUUGAACGUGAUAAAGAACUUAUUUUAUUAAGACAAUUAAUUGAUAGUAAAAUGAAAUUAAUUGGUAAUACUCAUAUUAAUACAGAUCAGAUUCUUUCAACUACUCAAGCUAGUUCAAUUUUAUCAGAUUUAACAAAUGAAUUAAACAAAUUAAAACAAGAAAUUAGUAUUUUACUUGAUAGAAUUCAUUCAUUAAAUCCUGAUUUAAUUUCCAAGUAUUUAACUAUUGCUCAAACAUUUUUAUCUAUUACUGAUGACAAUGAAUCAGUAUGGGUAACAAAUCAUCAUCCAUUAACCGGUCAUUUAUUACAUUCUCAUCUUAAUACAGAAUAUGAAAAUUUACGCGAAAUACUUCUUGCUGAAAUUAUUUCUCUUCGUACUGAACUUGAUCAACCUGAACCAUCAUCUCCAUAUGAUUUACAACAAGAAUUAAUUGAUUUACGUUUACGUAAAAGAUAUUUAUCUUUAUUAACAAAUUUUCCGCAUAAAUUAACAUCUCAUUCAACUUUGGAUGAAAUUCGUCAAACAUAUGAUCGUUUAACAGCAUCAUUACGUGCACAAGCUCGUAAUAAACUUAAAAAUUUAUGGGAUCAAUUAGAUGUACCAGAUGAACAACGUAUUAUACCUAAAACAAAAGAUAAUGAAGAAGAUUAUUUAGCUAUGAAUGAUGAAAUCAAUCGACUUGAAACUUAUGUUGAAUCAAUUCGACCACUUCUAACAAAAAUUCAAAAACGAGAAUGGUAUAAAAAAGAAAUGGUUGAAUUUGAAAAACAUGCAGGUGAUCCAGCUAGAUUACGUGGAAGUUCAACACAAUUACUUAAAGAAGAACGAUUUCGAAAAGAUCUUUCACGUGAAUUUCCAAAAUUAACUGAUGAUUUACGUCGUAUGGUAGCUGAAUGGGAAGAAUUUAGUGGAAAGAAAUUAAUUUAUGGUGGUGAACCUUAUUUAGAAUCAAUGAAUAAAGAAAAAUUAAGUGUAGAUUUUGAAUUAUUACAUCUACGUUUACUCACCAAAUGUCAAUUACUUGUACAACCAACGAAAAAUGAAACAAUGUCAAUUACAAAUCAUAUUCAAUCACCUCCACCAACACCACCACUUCCACGAACACCACCUCCACCAAAAACACCACCUCCACCACGAACACCAUCACUUUCGCGAACAACACCACCGCCAUCAUCAUCAACAACACAUAAACCAACAAGUCGUAUACCAACAAUGAAUUUUGUUAACAGUAAUAGAAAAAUUAAUAGACAAACAUAA